AUGAACCCUGUGUUCUCCAUUUUACUCCAUUCAGUCAGUAUGGCUUCCCUGCAGCCACAGACGUCUUCACGGAGCAGAAGGGGUUUGCUGAAGCUAGCUGGAGUGAUCAAGUGCAGCACGGGACGAUCAGCUUUAACUUAUGUAAAGUAUGGAUGUUACUGUGGUCUCGGGGGUCAAGGGUGGCCCAGAGACAGAGCAGACUGGUGUUGCCACAGACAUGACUGCUGUUAUGGGUAUGCAGAAUUCGCAGGCUGUCAGAUGAAAACAUAUAGUUAUCUGUGGACUUGUGAAGAAAAGGGGGCUGACUGUGAUGCAUUUAAUGACAGAUGUGCGAAUAUCCUUUGCCGAUGUGACCGGGAAGCAGCCAGAUGCCUCCGAGAGGCACCAUACAACCGAAAUUAUGCUCUGUGGCCGGAUUUCCUCUGUGGAUAUCUUCGUCCUACCUGCAACAUCUACUAAUGUCAUUUACUAGAAAUUUGGUUAACAAAUCUUUUUUGAGCUUGUAUUGUAUGUUUGAUGUUAAUUACGGACUUCAUUCUGUUCAAAUGAUUUCCAUUUUCCACAAUGUGUAUUUUAUAUUUGCAUAGCUGACUUUCAAAAGUGAAUGGAUUAAAAUAUGUGCAAAAUAAUCACCGUAUUGCUAAUUUUUUAGCUAAAUUCAGUCAUGACAUCAGAGCGUUUUCUGAUUGGCACUGCAGGGAGAGUGGGGAGAGUUAUUUAAUUAUUAAUGUAAAUGUGUCAUAAACAAUAGGUAGAGUACUUUCUGUCAGGACCUCCGCAUGCAGACACAAUAUGCAAAAUACAUACAGCUGCUUUAGGAAAGGGGUCUCCAGUCGGUCCUGCGGGUCAGGGUCCUGCAGAGUUUAACUUCAACAGCAAUUAAACAUACCUUAACCAGCUAAUCAGGGUCUUACCAGGCAUGCUAGAAACUUCCAGGCAGGAGUGUUGAGGCAAUCUGGAGCUAAACUCUGCAGGACGAUGGCCCUCCAGGACAGAAUGUGGACAUCCCUAAUUUAGAAUGACUAAAAACAAGUCAAAACAACUUCAAAUAAAGAUAUUUCUUAUUUGAAUCCCCCUCAUUAACAAUGCCCCACCCUGAUCAUAUGGCCUUGGAAAACUUGGAUAUGCAUAUGGAAGUGUGAAGUUGGAAGAAAACCCUAUGCCAUAAUUUAUUUAAAAU